AUGUCUUCUUCUAUAUUGCCAAGGUUUGUGGUUAUCAAAUCUAAAGACUUAGGCAAAUACUUGAAAAGAGUGAGUAAAGAAGAGAGUAAGAAAAAGGGUGUGCCCGAUACUUUUCUGAAUUUUCUAGGAGAUGAUAUUACAAGUCGAUACAUAAAAUUCGAGGUAGUGACAGCAGAGAAAAAUGGUGAAUUGGUGCACAUCAAGUGUUGUCACAACAACAAAUACUUGAGUGUAGAUGAGUCUGAUAUGUCAAUUGAGGCUACAGCUCUAGAGCCUAUGGAAGAAGAUGGGCCCACAAGUACUAUGUUCAAGCCAAUCAAACAAGAAGAAGAAGAAGAAUACUUUCAAUUUCUUCACCCCUCAAUUGGCUUAUAUGUAUGUAUUUCUCCUCCUAAUGAAUACUACCCUGCUGAGGAUUAUGGCUUGUGCUUAGGAGAGAUUAGCACCUUCAAAUACAAUGUGUUCAAAAUCUUGGAUUGGGAAUCACUUGUUUUGUUUCCCAAAACAAUACAUGUUGCCUUCAAGGUUCCGGGGAAAGAUAAUCAUAAUUAUCUAUGUUCUAGUAAGAUCAUGGAUCAUCAGACUCUACAAUACAACAUUCCCAAAGACAUUGGAGAUGUGAGGAUAAGUAAUGAGAUCUCUACUUCUGGUGAUGGUUAUGUUCGCAUAAAGAACAUUUCAAGUGGAAUGUACUGGAUGACUUCUCUGACUUCAUGGAUCUUAUCAGAAUCACGUGACAGCACAGGACAGGAUAAGGAUACGCUAUUUUGGCCUGUCAAACUUGCUGACAACAUCAUAGCGCUACGUGCUUUGAAGAACUCAAACUUUUGUCAGAGUGUUUCGAGUGAUGUCUUUUUCGAUUGCCUUAACGCUCAUGCACCAACCAUUACAAAUGAAGUGAAGCUAGAAGUGGUGGAAAACAUCAUCUCAAAGAGCAUAAGCCGCGUCGAAUUCCACAAAGACGAAGCCAAAGUCUACAACCUCAAUGUUGUUCAAAAGGGCUAUGCAUCGGCCGAUAACUAUGAGAAUGAAGAGAAUGAAGUAAGCCUUAAAUUUUCCUACCAAAAAACAAGCUCUAGUAAUUUUGGAUCCAGCCAUUCACUCAAAUUAGGUAGUAAAACAACCUUGGAUGUUGAUUUUAUUCCAUUCAUUGCUGAAACGGGGAUUGAGUUUAGUGUUGACUAUAGUUAUAAGCAUCAUUGGGAGGAAACAACAACAACAGAAACUUUAGCUGAGGCUAUUUACACAGCUAAAGUUCCUGGUAAGACUAAAGUAAAAGUCACUCUUGUGGCCACUCAAGGAAUGUGUGAUGUUCCAUUCUCUUAUACUCAACGUGAUAUUUUGUACGAUGGAAAAGUCCUCAUUCGCAACAUGGAUGAUGGAGUCUACAAAGGGGUUAAUAUGUUCAAUUUUGAGUUUCGUAGUGAAUAUGAGACAUUAGAUCCAACUUGUAAUCAUAAAAUACAUGAGUGCACUACAUCAAUUAAUCAAUUAAUCGAUCUAUCCAUUGAUCGAUUGAACAUUGAUUGA